AUCGCCGUAUUGUUGACGAUCGACUCUUUCGCGUUUCGUUUUUUUAGGCAGUCAUUUCAUCUGGGUUGAAAUUGCCCGAUUUUUCUAAAUUGUGUAAACCGUUUGGAUUGUCACUUUAAAUAAAUCCAUCAAAAUGACUGCAGAAAAGAAAGUCAAAGUAAAGAAACCAAAGGUCAAGAAAACCCCGGCACAAAGUGUUCAAGUAUUCGGUCGUAAGAAAACUGCUACAGCCGUUGCAUACUGCAAAAGUGGUACUGGUAAUAUCCGAGUCAAUGGCCGUCCAUUAGACAUGGUUGAACCAAGAGUACUUCAAUACAAACUUCAAGAACCCAUUUUGUUGUUAGGAAAGGAACGUUUCAGUGAAGUUGACAUGCGAGUUCGAGUAAACGGUGGUGGUCAUGUAGCUCAAAUUUACGCUAUCAGGCAAGCAAUUUCCAAGGCUUUAGUUUCGUACUAUCAAAAAUAUGUCGAUGAAGCCAGUAAGAAAGAAAUUAAAGACAUCUUAAUCCAGUACGAUAGGACUUUGUUGGUAGCUGAUCCAAGACGUUGUGAACCUAAGAAGUUUGGCGGUCCAGGAGCUCGUGCCAGAUACCAGAAAUCAUACCGUUAACUUUAUUUUUUUAUAUUAUAUAUAUAUUGACCUCAAAUAUAUGUAAAUUUAAAAAAAAAAAAAUUACUUGGGUUGGAUACUAUUUGUGAUAGAAAUUGCUUGACAAUUUUAAAAGUAAACGACAUAACCAAAAAUA